UGGCAGGGGGAGUGUUUGGUGGUUGCACGGCGGACGGGGUUGGCGGGCACACCGCGGCUUCCCCGGGCGGCGAUGGCGAGCAUGGCGAUGGUCGGGUGGCGGCGGCUGCUCCACCUCCUGCUCCUGUUCCUCCUGGGCGCCGGCUCCGUGCACUCGGCCAAGGCCCGCCGGGCCCCCGAGUACAACAAACCCCCGGGCAACUUCUUCAAGCAGGUGGCGGAUGGCGUUCACCGCAACCUGGUGGCCGUCUUUGGGCUGGACAUGGUGGAGGCGGUGUGUAAGUUUUUCUCCAGGACCACUGAACAGUUUGUGUUCGGUAUGGACGUGUUGGUGGAAACUGUGUGGAAGAUAUGGUCAGACCUCCUGGAGAUUCUCGGAAUUGAUGCAUCAAACCUGCACCAAUAUCUGAACCCAGCAACAGCAAUUCAUCACCCCUCUCAAGUCCUCCUGAUAUCCGUUGCUGUGCUUUUAGCUUACUGGUUUAUAUCAAUGUGUCUGGGAUUUCUAUUUUAUACAUUGCGCACAGUAUUUGGCUGUUUUUUCUGGAUUGCACGGAUAGCCUUUUUUGCCCUUGCUUGUUUGUAUGUUCUGCAGAAGUCGGAAGGUGACCCUGAAGGCGCAGUGCUUCCCCUUUGCUUUAUAGUUUUAACGUACGUUAUAACCGGUCCAGUUGGCUUGUAUUGGAGGAGAGGAGGUGGUCAUGUAGAGGAGAAACUUGAACAUCUUGAUGGUCAAAUCCGGCUCAUGAACAUUCGUCUCAAUAGGGUGUUAGAAAAGCUUGACCAAAACUCUGCUUAGUGUUGGGAAAGCAUAAUUGAUAUCACCAGCACUGUUUAAUGUACAAUCAACCAUUGUAAACGGGUGUGAUUUUCUUUUUCAUCCCUUGUUCUAAACAACAAUCAGGAUUAGUGUUGCUGUCAUUGAUUUAGUCACCAGUAAUAAUGUUUCAAACUUUUGCUUUUAAAUCAUUCGACCACUUUUUUUUUUUUUUUUUGUACCCAUUGUGUAUUUUGUAUUCCCAUUACUAAUACUAAAGGCUAUAUUAUUGGUCUUUUUAAUAUUUAUUUAAAUAUCUUAAAUACAUAUAGUAAGUCAUUCACUGGUAUAAAAAUAAAGCUGUGGGUACAAUUUGUGGGAUUAGUCCUUCCCUCUGGAAUCACUGUACAUAGCGGCCACAUGCCCAUACUUACUGGAUCAGAUGUAGCAAACUUUUCUUGCUGUUUCUUUUCUAGUAGAGUGCAAUAGUGACUGGUCGUCAGAUAUUCGGAGAUAUAUUAAUAUUGAAUUAAGUGAUUGUCGUUUUUCCAGCUUGAAUGGACAAACGCUCCGCAUUGUAAAUUUAGUUCAGUAUUCUUUUCAAUAGGCUUGUUCGACUGCUACUGUCAGGGAAGGGGAAAGAAUAACGUAUACACUGUAAUUAUGCACCAUUGUUUCUUUGCUAUUUGUGGAGUCAUUGAUAAUUGGAUGAUUUUAGCUUUCGUUCAGUUGAACGACGAUUGAAAGCAAGAGUGAAUUCUAAGACUUUCUGCACAAUUUUUGCUUUCAGUUCUCCCGUCCACCCAUUUCAGUUUUGCCAUGUUGUUAGAUCUCUAAUUAUGUACGAGAAUUUGAGUUGGUGUUCUAUAUGCAAUGUGCUGUGGUGAAAAGAAAUAGUCAAGGUUUCUAACUGCUGUGCAUUUGACGUUUUUCUUUUGUUUCAUGGGUACAUUGCAUGUGACUAGAAGUAUGGUAGAGAAAUGUGUAUAUGUACAAUCACCGAGCGCAAACUUCAGUUUUGCCAGUGGAUUUGUAGACCAUAGAUCUAUUAAUAUGGCAUGUUUGUAAAUACAAUGAGUAAUUCAUAGGCAGGUCAAUGUAUAGCUUAAUUAUCAUGUGAUGUUAAACCAAAUUAAUAUAACAAAGUUGUAAAAUUGACUUCUCUGCUCCACUGCCAGUCUCCAGUCGAAUUCAAUUCAAAGUAAAUAAUGUAAUCUUUAGAGUUGAUCAGAAAAUUUGUGUGAUUCACCUUGGGAAUGAAUAUCAAAUGCUGCUGUUAAACCUAUACAAGCAUUUUUUUUAACAGUUAAACAGGAAGAGUAACAAAUAAAUGCUGAAAAUCAAAUGUGAAUUAUAAGGUCAUAAGUGUUAGGAGCAGAAUUAGGCCAUACAGCCCAUCAAGUCUACUUGGCCAUUCAAUCAUGGCUGAUCUAUCUCUUCCUCCUAACCCCAUUCUCCUGCUUUCUCCCCAUAAACCUUGACACCCAAAUCUUGAAGCUGAUGGAUCAGAGUUAGUGAUUAAAUCUCUCUGUUCUUUGUUCUGAUCUGAGAAGGAAAGCAGAAGGAAGAUGUUUUUUUAGGUUAUGAAAUAGUCUGCAAUUUAUGCCAUGUGGAACUAAUUCCAUCAACAAUUAUUGAUUUACAGAAGGUGUACCAUAGAAAACAAUGCUUUAUGAUUUGCAAUUUGGAAAUAAGCACUGAAGGUUAACAAAAGCCAUAUGACAAAAUACAUUCACCCAGAUUAAUGCUUGUUUGUUGUAGUCAUUGGAAAUUAUUGUCGAUUCUGACAUGCAGGAAAAUCAUGACCUGUUUAAGUGUAUCUUUUGAAAUAAUUUAACAAAUCAUGAAAAUACUAAUAUCUUGGCCAAAUGUACAACUUAAUUAGUGUGUUACAAUGAUUAUGCAAAGUCGACCCCUUUUUAAUUGGACCAUGUGAUAUUUUCAGCAAGAUGAAUAAUGCUUUAUGCCUUUAAAGCAUAAGAACACUCUUAGAAUGUAUUCUGUCCAUGCCUUUAAAUGUUCAGAUUCAAUAAAUGUCAUGCAUUUGGUGAAAUGUUUUGCACACGUUACAGUUAAGUAUUUGGAUUUUGUCAAAUCUGUGUCAUUUUUACUUAAAUAUGGUAUCUAUUAAACAAUACCACUAUAUAUGUUAAUAAAAGUAAAACUAUCUAGUACAAA